AUAGAUGAUUAAGUAGCAAUUAAUUACUUCUUCUUUCUAUUAUCUUUUUUAAUUAGUUGCUAUAUAAGGGUGUCCCAACAAUUGGGACAUCUCUUCUAUCCUUAGGUCUCAAAUUUUAUCCAUGUUAUCUUCUCUUUAUUUUCAUUUGAUCUUCAUGCUUAUAAGAAAUUGAUUUAUUCUCCAAACUAUCCGGUGGGGCAGGAAUUUCAGCUCCAUUUGCAGCUAUUCAGAAAAGAAUUCGGAAAUAGCCAGAAACAAUGAGUUCUCCUAAGAAAUCAUUGCAUGGGGUUAACUAUGCACCACCACGUAGUUUUGGAACAGUUCUUAAAGCAAAUUUAAAAGAAACACUUUUUCCAGAUGAUCCAUUCCAUGAAUUCAAGAACGAGAAACUUUCAAUCAGAAUUCAAAAGGGAAUUCAAUAUUUUGUUCCAAUAUUUCAAUGGUUGCCUAAGUAUAAUUUAGGGUUAUUCAAGUUUGAUCUUCUUGCUGGAAUUACCAUUGCUAGUCUUGCAAUCCCACAAGGAAUAAGCUACGCGAAACUCGCCAAUCUUCCUCCGAUUAUCGGACUCUAUUCAAGCUUUGUUCCUCCUCUUAUUUAUGCUGUUUUUGGAAGUUCAAAACAUCUUGCUGUUGGGACAGUGGCAACUUGCUCAUUACUUAUUGCUGAAUCCAUUCAAGAAAAAGUUAAACCUCAGGAAAAUAUGCAAUUGUACCUCAGUUUGUUCUACACAGCCACCUUUGUCUCUGGUUUGGUGCAAACAGCCUUGGGUGUGCUAAGGCUUGGAUUUUUGGUGGAUUUUCUAUCACAUUCAACAAUUACUGGAUUUAUGGGAGGGACAGCAGUAAUUAUCUGCUUACAGCAACUGAAGGGCAUCCUUGGCUUGAAACAUUUCACUAGCCAUACUGAUGUUGUUCAUGUUUUACGUUCUGUCUUUGAAAACAGAAAAGAGUGGACAUGGCAGUGUGCAGUUGUUGGUGUAAUCUUCCUUGUCUUCCUACAAUUAUCUAGAUAUGUGAGAAAGAAGAAACCAAAUCUUUUUUGGGUUUCAGCCAUUGCUCCAAUUAUUGUUGUCAUACUUGGCUGCCUUUUUGCUUAUUUAUUCCAUGCUGAGAAACAUGGCAUUGCCAUUGUUGGUGAAUUGAGUAAAGGAAUAAAUCCAUCAUCCAUUCAUCUUCUAACUUUUAACCCGGAUUAUGUAUAUGUAGCUGUAAAAGCUGGAAUUAUCACAGCAAUUAUUUCUUUAGCUGAAGGAAUAGCUAUUGGAAGGAGUUUCUCCAUUAUGAAUAAUGAACAAAUUGAUGGCAAUAAGGAGAUGGUAGCAAUUGGCCUUAUGAAUAUUGCUGGCUCUUUCACUUCUUGCUACUUGACUACGGGGCCAUUUUCAAAAACUGCGGUGAACCACAACGCGGGAUGCAAGACUCAAAUGUCAAAUGUAGUCAUGUCACUCUGCAUGUUGCUAACCCUACUAUUUCUGGCUCCGCUCUUUGGCUACACACCACUCGUUGCUCUCUCUGCUAUUAUCAUGUCUGCAAUGCUUGGCCUAAUUGAUUAUGAGAAGUUCUAUCACCUCUACAAGACAGACAAAUUUGAUUUCUUGAUUUGUAUGGUUGCCUUUUUGGGUGUUGCCUUUAUAAGCAUGGACAUGGGACUCAUGAUGUCGGUUGGACUUGCCUUGGUUAGAGCACUUCUAUAUGUAGCAAGGCCACCAACUUGCAAGCUUGGAAACAUAACAGAAACUGUGUUUAGAGACAUAGAACAAUAUCCUGGUGUAGAUGGAAUUCAAGGAAUUCUGAUUUUGAAGCUUGGUUCUCCAAUAUACUUCCCAAAUAGCAACUAUGUCAGAGAAAGGAUUCUAAGAUGGGUCAGAGAUGAGCAAUCUCUUGAAAGCUCUAAAAGAAAUGAAGUUGAAUUCUUGAUACUAGAUUUUGGAGGUGUUACAUCAAUUGACAUAACGGGUGUUGAAACUUUAUUUGAAAUUCGUAAAUCCCUAGGCGCAAAAGGGAUCAAGAUAAUAUUGGUUAAUCCAAGAUUGGGAGUUAUGGAAAAGUUGAUAGUGACAAGAUUCAUAGAUGUGAUUGGAAAGGAAUCAGUGUUCUUAACUAUUGAAGAUGCAAUUGAAACAUGCAGAUUUUCACUAAAAUGUUCAAGCCAAUCCAAAAGAGAAGAUGUGGAAAUUGCUUAGCCUACAUUUUUUGGUUGUGGUAGGCUAGAGUUUUGAAAUAACACAACCAAAUUUUAUUUUUAUUUUUAACUGUAAAUAUGCACCAAGAAAAGAAAAAGAAAUAAAGAAAAAAUAAGUAUAGUUAAUUCUACCAUAGGGAAUUGUAGUCCUUUUUUUUCCUUCAAAUUUUAUCAACCUUUUAUCCAUUUGCUUUUAGGGUUGUUAGAAAUUUUGGAUAUUUGAGUUUGAAUAAUUUCAUUGUUACAAUUACUUUAAGAAUUUUGAUGUGUG